UGGUCCUCUCUUGUUUGCCAGUUCAUUACGAGACUUUUGCAUAGACGGUGUAAGUAGUAAUUGCAACGACGUUGAUCGCGGAAUGGCGGCAACUCGCUGUCACUUGUUUUUAGUUUGUUUACCAUAGAGUGUUUUUCGUGUGUCUCUACGCGUGCUGGUGUCACAGCAGUGUGCUAAGCACGUUCUGGCAAUCUUACACUGAGGAAUGUUUUUCCAGUAGUGAUGACGUAUGACUUACGUUCUAUAAGUAUUUUAGAAGCACACGGGAAGGACGAGAAAUAAACAUCACCGAGGCUUCGCUAGUAGUUAAUUUUCUGCAGCGCUCAACAAUCGGUGUACGUGAUGACUAUGUUUUCCCUCUUCUACGUCAUUCGCUUUGAGGAACAAAAGUUAUAUAUGCGUAUGAACUCAAAAUAUUCUGUCAUCAGCAGUUUGUGUUAGUUGAAUUGUGUAAAACAACUGGAUACAUUUGAGAAGCUCGAUUGUUUUAUAACAUUGCAAGGAGACUUGAAGUGAUUCAACGAUGAAAGUUCUAGAACUAAGUCUUUCAAGUGAUCUGUGACUGCAGGAUAUCUGGUUCAUUGCAGGAAGUCUGGUUCUAGAACCAGAUUUUCUUUUUCAAAUUUAAGUGUGAAAUGUAAGAGACUUGGUAACUGGAUAGUAUACUCUUAGGUGCUAUCAGUUUCCCUUUUAUGUUCACAAACACGCCCAUACUCUUUCAUUUGUUUUGUAUUUUACCUUUCCCCCGCCCAUCUUAGUAAAAUAGGCAACAUAUGGCUUUCCGGAUAAAAUUAACAGCUAUAGUGAAAACGACGCAAGUAACAAGUGUAGAUGUUUCAGUUAUGAAUGAAAUGCAGCAAACUGGUUGUCUUUCCUGUUAGUUUCUUUUGUGUACAAUUUAUAAAAGUGAAUUGGAAACUCAUUUUCUGUAUGCAUGUGUUAUUAAUCGAAAUGAAAGUCAGCCCAUAUUGUUAUUGCCUACUCUUUGACGAGAAGGGCAGUGGUUUGUGUCUGCGGUUCAGAAUGCAUCAUUGGUGAGAGACGAAGUGGUUUUCCCCACAUUUGCAAAUUGUGCUUCGUUUGUUUUGUAAUAAAAACACAUCAUAGGCGUUGUUGCCUUCACAAAAGCAAUUGGUUAUGUUUACCUUGACGUGAACACAGACGAUCAAAUUCGUGUUGCAUGGCAAAACAAGAUUCUCGCAGAAUUGGAGUGAUUCAGUGCAUCUCUGAAGGGUUUCGUACUGUGUGAUGUGAUAUGUGAGUGCUUGUGUUUUACCUUCAGCAUGAGGUUUCAAUUAUGGCCGAUCAGAAUAAAAAGAAGGCUCUGUACUCUUCUGCGGUGGCCUGUUUAGGUUUCAUCUGUUUUGCUGUUGGCGCUGCAGCUGUUGGACUACCGACGUGGGGUUACUUCAACAAUUCACAAGCUGGUCCUGGAAGUGAGUCUGGUUACUUCGGACCCUGGCAACUCUGCAAGUAUUUGCUCUACGGCAGAGAGAGAUGCGGCCCUUCCGUCACCAGAUUCAAGCCCGUCUUGGCAGUAUGGCUGGCAGGAUUGGUGGCGGUGAUAGCAGUAGCCAUCUUGGGCGUGUUCUGCGUGCUCAGCGUGUUUCAGUUAGCCAUGGUGAUGUCACGGGAGCGUGUUGUGAUGUCAUACAGCGUAGCGGUGAUUGCGAAACUAGCUCUUGUUCUCUUGGCCAGUAAGUAUUCAUUUUGUUACGUACUUUUUUUCUAAAAGUUAGAAAAUUAU